AUGGACGACAAUAUUCAUGCUCCGACAGUGGCCUCCGGUCCUACGACGACCGGAGGGUCUGACCGCGAUCCGGCCAAGCUCUCCAUGGUCGAAUUGAUGCAGGAAAAGGAACGUAUUGAAGAGGAACUUUCAGCGCUAAGCAGUGUGCUUACUUCUCAUGGAGUUAACAUGAAUUCAUCGCUGACAACAUUCGACGACUUCCCACGGGCCGAUAUCGAUGUUGCCCAGAUCCGCACAAUACGCGCGAAAAUCAUUCGACUCCGCUAUGACCACAAAGAGGUUAUGAAAUAUCUCGAGAAAGGUAUUCACGAUCAUUUCUCGAACCUCCAACGCGCGCAAAGCGACACAUCUUCUGUCAGUAAUAUAAAUGGGCCUAAUGGAACACAAUCAAAUUUGACUGGCAAUUCUUCGUCGGAUGCCGCGAUGCUUGGACCACCAUUCGCGAGAGUAAACAGUGUCGCACCGGCAAGUCCUGCGGAUCAGGCUGGCCUGAAAGCGGGAGACAAGAUACGCAGCUUUGGGGCCAUUAAUUGGAUUAACCAUGAGCGUCUUUCGAAAGUGGCCGAAUCGGUCCAACAAAAUGAAGGGCGUACUUUAAUCGUCAAAGUUCUCCGUCAAGACGGGGGCGAUGCCACAGAACUGGACUUGGAGCUUGUGCCACGACGGGGCUGGGGUGGUCGUGUCGCAACCGUUUGUCGACUUUUGACACGCAUCACCUUCUUCCGGGACCUUAUCGUUUUUGUGAUUUAUUUUCACAUUUUCUUCUCACAUAAACAUCACCAUGCUGCUGCCCCACCAACCUUUAAGCUUGUCCUUGUCGGUGACGGUGGUACUGGAAAGGCAAAAGGCCCCUCUAUUACCACUCUUUAUCCUCCCCUCUCCGCCGCCAUCACCACUUUCGUCAAGCGCCACCUUACUGGCGAGUUCGAGAAGAAGUAUAUCGCAACUCUCGGUGUCGAAGUGCACCCUCUCACUUUCACCACCAACCUGGGAACCAUCCAGUUCGAUGUGUGGGAUACUGCCGGUCAGGAGAAGUUCGGUGGUCUGAGAGAUGGAUACUAUAUCAACGGCCAGUGCGGUAUCAUCAUGUUUGAUGUUACCUCCCGUAUCACCUACAAGAACGUCCCCAACUGGCACCGUGACCUUGUCCGUGUCUGCGAGAGUAUCCCCAUCGUGCUGUGCGGCAACAAGGUCGAUGUUAAGGAGCGUAAGGUGAAGGCCAAGACCAUCACCUUCCACCGCAAGAAGAACCUCCAGUACUACGAUAUCUCCGCGAAGUCGAACUACAACUUCGAGAAGCCCUUCCUCUGGCUUGCCCGGAAGCUGGUCGGCAACCCCCAGCUGGAAUUCGUUGCUGCCCCUGCUCUUGCUCCCCCCGAGGUGACGGUCGACCACACCGUUCUUCAGAAGUACCAGGAGGAGAUGGAGGCUGCUGCCAACCAACCUUUGCCCGACGAGGAUGAUGCCGACCUGUAA